GCCGCCUCCACCACCCGCCGCCUCCACCCUGGCCGCCCCGCCGGGCCGCGGCCGUGGCCGGCUGACGAGCAUUGCCGGCCCCGUGUGACCGCCACCCGCCCGCCGUACGCACGGCGGCGCGACCCCGCCUCUGACAGCCCAGGACGAGCGAUCGGGCCCCGCCUCCGACAGCCCCGGGCGCUGCUCGCGGCCAAUCCGCCAGGCCUGCGGCCGGGACCGGCGCCUGCGUUCCUCGCAGCACGUGGUUGGUUAGGUCUCCUCCCGAACCUGCCUGGUCUCUCAGGACUCUCCCCGGCAUCCGGACCCCCACACGGCCAUGUCCAUCCUCUACGUGUCCCCUCAUCCCGAUGCCUUCCCCAGCCUCCGAGCCCUCAUCGCUGCCCGCUACGGGGAAGCCGGUGACGGCCCCGGAUGGGGGGGACCUCACCCCCGCAUCUGCCUGCAGCCGCCCCCGAGCAGCCGGACUCCUUUACCCCCACCUCGCCUGCCCGCCCUGGAGCAGGGGCCCGGCGGCCUGUGGGUGUGGGGGGCCCCGGCUGUUGCCCAGCUGCUGUGGCCAGCAGGCCUGGGGGGACCUGGGGGCAGCAAGGCAGCUGUGCUCGUCCAACAGUGGGUCAGUUAUGCCGACACCGAACUCAUACCAGCUGCCUGCGGGGCGACACUACCCGCCCUGGGACUUCGAAGUCCGGGUCAGGAUCCCCAGGCUGCCCUUGGGGCCCUGGGCAAGGCCUUGAGCCCCUUGGAGGACUGGCUUCGGCUAAACACCUACCUGGCUGGGGAUGCUCCCACGCUGGCAGACGUAGCUGCUGUGACAGCCUUACUGCUGCCCUUCCGAUAUGUCCUGGACCCUGCUGUGCGCCGGAUCUGGGGUAAUGUAACUCGAUGGUUUAACACUUGUGUCCGGCAACCAGAAUUCCGGGCUGUGCUAGGAGAAGUGGUCCUGUACACGGGGACCAGGUCUGUCACUCAGCAGCCAGGCCCUGAGGUCACUGCAACCCAAAAAACAGCUGCUCAGCUUAAGAAAGAAGCGAAGAAACGGGAGAAACUAGAGAAAUUCCAGCAGAAGCAGAAGACCCAGCUGCAGCAGCCCCCGGCUGGGGAGAAGAAACCAAAACCAGAGAAGAAGGAGAAACGGGAUCCUGGGGUCAUUACCUAUGACCUCCCUACCCAACCCGGGGAAAAGAAAGAUGUAAGUGGUGCCAUGCCUGACUCCUAUAGCCCUCAGUAUGUGGAAGCUGCCUGGUACCCAUGGUGGGAGCGACAGGGCUUCUUCAAACCGGAGUAUGGGCGUCCUAGCUUGUCAGCACCAAACCCCCGAGGUGUCUUCAUGAUGUGCAUCCCACCCCCCAACGUGACAGGCUCCCUGCACCUGGGCCAUGCACUCACCAACGCCAUCCAGGACUCCCUGACUCGAUGGCAUCGCAUGCGUGGGGAGACAACUCUGUGGAACCCCGGCUGUGACCACGCGGGCAUUGCUACCCAGGUGGUGGUGGAGAAGAAGCUCUGGAGAGAGCGGGGUGUGAACCGGCACCAGCUGGGCCGUGAGGCCUUUCUUCAGGAGGUGUGGAAGUGGAAAGAGGAGAAGGGUGACAGGAUUUACCAUCAGUUGAAGAAACUUGGCAGCUCCUUGGACUGGGAUCGAGCCUGUUUCACCAUGGACCCUAAACUGUCAGUAGCUGUCACAGAAGCUUUUGUUAGGCUCCAUGAAGAAGGUGUCAUCUACCGUAGCACCCGCCUGGUCAACUGGUCCUGCACCCUCAAUUCUGCCAUUUCUGACAUUGAGGUGGAUAAGAAGGAGCUGACGGGUCGCACCCUGCUCUCUGUGCCUGGCUACAAGGAGAAGGUGGAGUUUGGGGUCCUCGUGUCCUUUGCAUACAAGGUCCAAGGCUCAGACAGCGACGAGGAGGUGGUGGUGGCAACAACUCGGAUUGAGACGAUGCUGGGAGAUGUGGCUGUAGCUGUGCACCCCAAAGACCCCAGAUACCAGUACCUAAAGGGAAAGAGUGUCAUUCAUCCAUUCUUGUCCCGGAGCCUUCCUGUUGUCUUCGACGACUUUGUGGACAUGGAGUUUGGCACAGGUGCGGUGAAGAUCACCCCUGCCCAUGAUCAGAAUGACUAUGAGGUCGGGCAGCGGCAUGGGCUGGAAGCCAUCAGCAUCAUGGACUCAAAGGGGGCCCUUGUCAAUGUGCCCCCACCUUUCUUGGGACUGCCCAGGUUUGAGGCCCGGAAGGCAGUACUGGCUGCCCUUAAGGAGCGGGGACUGUUCCGUGGCAUGAAGGACAAUCCCAUGGUGGUGCCACUUUGCAAUCGCUCCAAGGAUGUGGUGGAACCUCUGCUAAGGCCACAGUGGUAUGUGCGCUGUGGGGAGAUGGCUCAGGCUGCCAGUGCAGCUGUGACGCGGGGCGACCUCCGUAUCCUGCCUGAGGCUCAUCAGCGGACUUGGCAUUCUUGGAUGGACAACAUUCGAGAUUGGUGCAUCUCUCGGCAGCUGUGGUGGGGCCACCGAAUCCCUGCCUACUUUGUCACCGUCCAUGACCCAGCCGUACCUCCUGGGGAGGACCCUGAUGGGCGGUACUGGGUGAGUGGAAGAACCGAUGCAGAGGCCAGAGAGAAGGCAGCGCGGGAGUUUGGAGUGUCCCCUGACAAGAUCAGCCUUCAGCAAGGCAGGCAGUGGCCACGGAGUGUGGGGCCACACUUGGGAUCCUGGGCCUGUUUUCCCAUCCCUCUAACCUCUGACCUUUGGUUUCUUCUAGAUGAGGAUGUAUUGGACACCUGGUUCUCAUCUGGUCUCUUUCCCUUCUCCAUCUUUGGUUGGCCCAAUCAGUCAGAAGACCUUAGUGUGUUCUACCCUGGGACCCUGCUGGAGACAGGCCAUGACAUCCUCUUCUUCUGGGUGGCCCGGAUGGUCAUGCUUGGCCUGAAACUCACGGGCAGGCUGCCGUUCAGAGAGGUCUAUCUCCAUGCCAUUGUGCGUGAUGCCCACGGCAGGAAGAUGAGCAAGUCUCUUGGCAAUGUCAUCGACCCCCUGGAUGUCAUCCAUGGGGUCUCCUUGCAGGGCCUCCAUGACCAACUACUGAACAGCAACCUGGACCCCACUGAGGUGCAGAAAGCCAAAGAAGGGCAGAAGGCUGACUUCCCAGCAGGAAUUCCUGAGUGUGGCACUGAUGCCCUGCGCUUUGGACUCUGUGCCUACACAUCCCAAGGUCGAGACAUCAACCUGGAUGUGAACAGGAUCCUGGGGUACCGCCACUUCUGCAACAAACUCUGGAAUGCCACAAAGUUUGCCCUCCGUGGCCUUGGGAAGAGCUUCGUGCCCUUGCCCACUUCCAAGCCUGAAGGGCAUGAGAGCCUGGUGGACCGCUGGAUCCGCAGUAGACUCACUGAGGCCGUGAGGCUCAGCAAUGAAGGCUUCCAGGCCUAUGAUUUUCCGGCCAUCACCACCGCCCAGUACAGCUUUUGGCUGUAUGAGCUCUGUGACGUCUAUUUGGAGUGCCUAAAACCUGUGCUGAAUGGAGUGGACCAGGUGGCAGCAGAAUGUGCCCGGCAGACUCUCUACACCUGCCUGGACGUUGGCCUGCGGCUGCUCUCACCCUUCAUGCCCUUUGUCACAGAAGAGCUAUUCCAGAGGCUUCCCCGGAGAACACCAGCAGCACCUGCUAGCCUAUGCAUCACCCCCUACCCAGAGCCCUCAGAGUGCUCCUGGAAGGACCCUGAGGCUGAAGCUGCUAUGGAGCUGGCACUGAGCAUCACUCGAGCUGUGCGCUCCCUGCGUGCUGACUACAACCUGACCCGGACCAGGCCUGACUGUUUCUUGGAAGUGGCUGAUGAGGCCACAGGUGCUUUGGCAUCAGCAGUGUCCAGCUACGUGCAGGCGCUGGCCAGUGCGGGUGUGGUGGCUGUCCUGGCCCUGGGGGCUCCUGCACCACAGGGCUGUGCCGUGGCUGUGGCCUCGGACCGCUGCUGCAUCCACCUGCAGCUGCAGGGGCUGGUGGACCCAGCCCGGGAGCUGGGCAAACUGCAGGCCAAGCGAAGUGAGGCGCAGCGCCAGGCCCAGCGGCUGCAGGAGCGCCGUGCUGCCUCAGGGUACUCAGCAAAGGUGCCCCUUGAGGUCCAAGAGGCAGAUGAGGCAAAGUUGCAACAGACAGAGGCAGAGCUCAGGAAGGUGGAUGAGGCCAUUGCCCUGUUCCAGAAGAUGCUGUGACCCCCAACACCAACUCUCAAAGCCCCCAGUGGUCCACCAGCAGGGAUGACAGCAAUAAAAUAUUUUGUCAAAA